CAGGAGCAUAAGAAGCAACUCUCAAAAUGAGGAUUCAUAGCCAGCUUUGUUUUCUUGCAAGCCUGGUGCUUGUUAUUUACACUGCACCGAUUUUAAAGUCCGCUGACAAAGAUGAAGCCACCGCAGAGCAUUACCUGCAGAGCUUCUACAAUCUAACAGAUAUAACGAAUGAAAAAACAGCCUUCCAAAGAGAGGCCAGUCCACUGAUUGAGAAGAUGAAAGGGAUGCAGAAGUUUUUUGGACUUAAGGUCACUGGAAAGCUGGACAGAGAAACACUGGAGGUGAUGAAGAAGCCCCGCUGUGGAGUUCCAGAUGUUGCUGCGUACUCCACAUUUGGAGGCAAACCCAAAUGGCAGACCAACAGGCUCACCUACAGAAUCGUGAACUACACCCCUGACAUGUCAACUGCAGAAGUGGAUCAAUCCAUAAGUAAAGCGCUGCAGGUCUGGGCCGAUGUCACUCCUCUGAGAUUCAUUCGUAUUAACAAAGGCAUAGCUGACAUCAUGAUCUCCUUUGCUAAAAGAUAUCAUGGCGAUGCUUCCCCGUUUGAUGGACCACAAGGCAUAUUGGCUCAUGCUUUUUCUCCUUCUCCUGGAAUUGGUGGAGAUGCACAUUUCGACGAUGAUGAGUUUUUCACAUUCUGCUCAUCUAAAGGACUUGUCCUGUUCCUGGUGGCCGCUCAUGAGUUUGGUCACUCUUUGGGUCUUUCUCAUUCUGACGUUCCCGGCGCUCUGAUGUUUCCCACAUACAGCUUUACUGAUCCGGAUCGUUUUUCUCUGCCCAGUGAUGACAUCAGAGGGAUUCAGUCGCUCUAUGGCCCAAACAGAGACAUGACCCCCACCCAAACUCAUCAAGAAGUACAAGCAACUCCUAAGGCUUGUGACCCUAAUGUGAUCUUAGAUGCAGAUACAACUCUAACAGAUGAAACAAUGUUCUUCAAGGAUGGCUUUUUCUGGCGUAGAUCUCCGAACAAAACUGUGACGCAACAUCAGAUCAAGAGUUUCUGGGCCAGUGCUCCAGAUAAUAUAGAUGCUGCUUAUGAGGAUCCAGUGCAAGAUAAACUUUUCCUAUUCAAAGGUAGACAAGUCUGGGCAUUUAAUGGCAUCAAUCUUGAGCGCGGAUAUCCCAAGACUCUCAUCAGCUUUGGUCUGCCAGCAUCUGUGAGAGAAGUUAGUGCUGCCGUCCAUGACAAAAACUCAGGAAAAACACUGCUCUUUGUUGACAAGGUUUACUACAGCUAUGAUGAAAGGGCAAAGAAAAUGGACAGAGGGUAUCCCCAACGAGUGGAAAGUGGAUUUCCAGGGUUGACUGGAGAGGUUACAGCAGCCCACAUGUCCAAUGGUUACAUAUAUCUCUACAGUGGGAGAAAUGUGUAUGAGUUUGGAUACAUAGGCGGAGCUUCACUUGUAUGCGUGGGGGGAGGGCACCCACUGGCAGACGAGCCACGAGCACUUUUUUAUAUGUUCUGUAUUUUAUGUAUUUCUGUAACACAUAUUCUACAUUAAAAUACAUUUAGAAUGAACAAUAACUGCUGUACAAAGAGUACAAAAAAAAUCUGACAAAUUGUUUUCUGUGUGGUAGACCAGAGCCAGUUUCUUAUUCUCCUCAUAACUGAGAAACGUAUUGAUAAUGUUGUUGAACCAACAGGCAGCAUGAGUGCAAGCUGUAGUAGUCUGAAAAACUUUGGAUAUUCGUCCCUCCGUGCUGCACCCUUUAAGGCCAUGUUUACACCAGUGCCUUUUCGUUUUAAAACGCAUAAUGUUUGCUACCGUUACGCCUAUCGUUUACACUACUCCGACGUUUUCGUCGAAAACUGAGAUUUUUGAAAACGUUGCAAACGUUUAGUCUGAAAACUCUGGGGUUGGGGUUGGGGUUUUUACAGAAUCAAUUAAAUGUUAUUUUUUCCAAAUAAACUAAAAUGUCUAAUUCAACUAAACAGCACGUGAGUGUCUUCAUUUUGUAAGCAAGACUGAUUUUGGUGUAGAAAUACUUUUGACUUUAACCUUUUAAAAGACUCUGACCUGAUUUACAGGGCAGACCUAUAUACUGUAUAGUAUCUACUGCAAAUCCAUUAUCAGUAAACAGCUUUGUAAAAUAUCAAACCAUCUAAAUUCUAAAUAAUAAGUAGACCUC